UUCGAUUUUAUAAAUAUGAGCAUGGGAGUUGUGAUUUUGUUGUUUGGUUCGUUUAGGGUAUUGCACUAUUGGGUUAAUGCUGUCUUCCUGAUGAAUUGUGUACAACUUUGAAGUAUUACUUAAUCUCCCAAAAUUUAACCGUUAUUCCGUAUUGAAUACCUAUUCCAAUUUAUAAAUGAUAUAUUGCUGCUUGAGUUACUAUAAUACGAACUGGACACAUUAAUCGGUAUUCCAAUUGUGUUACAAAAAAGUUUAAAAGUAUUGGAAUAUUCAUCAUGAGUAAGCGGAGGGCUGGUUCUGAAUUGACCAGAGAUAAUUGGGAUGAAGAAGAAGAAAAAGUUGAAACUGGUGUAUUCAAAGUAGCAGAUGAGACUGUGUUAAAGAAUAGAGUUAUGAAAAAAGCUAAAAGGACAAUACAAAGAGAUGAAUCUGAAAUAAAACCAAUAUUCUCUGGAUUUUCUGGAUUUAACAAUAUCAAUAGCAAUUCAAAUUCAAAACAAGCAUUUUCUUUUCUAUCAAAAUGCAAUGAAAUACCUAGUGAAAGUGGAAACCAUCCAUCAGCAUCCACAAUAAAUUCAAUGUCAGUAUCAAGCAGUUUACAAUUUUCAGAUAAUAAUUAUUCCAAAAGUUCAGCUCCAAAUAUUAUUAAUCCUGUUAAAGUGAUGAAACUUAAUGAAGCAUUUGUUAAAUUUGUUACUAAUGCAGUACAACAAAAUCCAUACUGUGUGUUAACUCCAACAUUAAAAGAUUAUGAAAAACAAAUAAGCAAAUUUGUUAAUCUAUUUGGCUGCAAGACAAACACUUCCGAUUCUUCAAUGGCUACAACUAAAAAUUCUCCUCAAAUAUCAUCAUUUGAAAAUACUGAAAAACGUGUUAAGGAUUCUGAUGAAGUAAAGAAUAAUUCUGUUAAUGUUCAAAAAACUCCUACUAGUUUUACAAAUCCAAUUAGUAAUACUUCUAACAAUGGACUAUUAUUUAAUUUUGGUAACAAAAGUCCAGUUACUGAUGCCAAUGAAUCAAAAAAAAGUGAUGUGAAACUUGAUAAUACCAAUGAAAAACUUAAGGAAGAGAGUCUAGAACCUAAAACCCAAAAUGUUUUAUCAGAACCAAUAAAAACCCCUACAACUGCUGGUGAAUUUAAAUUGAGCAAUUUUAAAUUUAAUCAUGAACAGUCAUUUUCAUCUACGCUCAAUAACAAGUCUUCUGAUUUUGUAUUUGGUGAUAAAAAAACUUCACCUUUAAGUAAAACGCCUGAAAUGAAAUUCAGUACACCUUCAUUUAAUUUUGGUACUAAUGCAACAUUUUCAUUUAAACCUACGGAGCAACAAAAUGAUAACAAGCCUUUUUUUUCUUUUGGUUCAAAUCCAUCUAAUACAAAUUCUGUACCUGAUUCAAGUAAAAAUACUGAAAUUCAAAAGCCAAAAGAUGAAGAAGAAGAUGAAGAUCAACCACCUAUUGUGAAUUUCACACCUGUUAAGGAAAACGAUGCAAUUUUUGAGACUAAAAGUAAACUAUAUUGCUUGCAAAAUGGUAAAUACGAAGAACGUGGAGUGGGCCAGUUGUAUUUGAAACCUAUUGAUGAUAAAAAAAUUCAAUUGAUCAUGAGAAAUGAUAGUGCCUUGGGUACUAUUAUGGCUAAUACAUUACUUAAUGAAUCAGUUAAUUUUACUAAGCGUAAUGCAAAAAAUGUUCAACUGAUUUGUGUUCUUGAUGCUACCAAAAGUACUAAACCACAAACUGUUCUAUUCAAAUUUAAAGAUUCACAAAUUGCUGAUGCAUUCGAAAAUGAACUUUUAAAAUUAAAAAAGUAAACAAAGUGAACCCUUGAAAUCAAUGAAUUUUCCAUAAUUUAUAACUAAUUU